GAAUUCUUCCCACCAGUAAAAUGAUUUCCAUCUCACCACAACUACUAACUGGAAAUGUUAGUCUUAAGUUUGUUCUUGCACGCAGUGACGUCAUAUACACGUUACGUCCACACGACAGUUCCUCUGCCUUUGAGCUUCUGCAGGUUGACAACGCGGCUGAGCAAGCCCACGUGACCGUCACUCCAACUCCUCAUCCUAUUGGCCGCUCCCACUGCACCUGCUCCACUCGCCCGCCAAUCACGUGCUUCCGUCGGUGUGAUCCAAGAUGGCGGCUUCCAGCGCUCCGGACCGGACACCGUCGCGCAGAGAGGCCGAAUAUCUCCGUCUGCCGGUCGGUUGAACGUCCGUGGGCCGAACAGGAGGAGCCGAGCGGGGACCAGCGCAGGAGCCGUGUCCCGAUGGUUUGUUCCGGCGAGGGGUCGGUCUCCGUGGCGGUGUGAAGGGCGUCUCUGAUCCGAGGAUGGCCACCGACAACAGGGUGCAUUUCUGGAGGAGAAGCGCGAAGGUUCCCGGAAGUGUACAACCAGUUUAUGGAGCGCAGCAUCCUCCUCUCGACCCACGGUUGCGACGCACGUAUCCCAAAGACACAAAGCCCAAGUUCAACAAUCUCAAGGCUAAAAAAGCCUCCAGCUUCCACGAGUUCGCCCGCAGCACCAAUGACGCUUGGGACAUCGACGAAGAGGAGGACGAGGACUUCCUUGGGACUCCAGCCCAAACGUCCUCCCUCCCAUCAGGCCUCCCCUCUUCGUCAAUCCAGAACCAGCUGCAGAAUCCGCUCGGGGACACGGAAGACAGAGUGUCCCACCUUCCCAGCACCGGGGAUCCAGACCUCCAGCAUGCGCGGAAGGAGGACGUCAACAGCAGGGUUGUCAAGUCUACGAGUGACGUCCACCUCAACACGUCCUCUGUUCGCUCCACGCUGCAGAAGCAGCCGUCCCUCCCAGUGCGCCCCAUCAUCCCACUGGUGGCCCGCAUGUCGGACCAGAACGCGUCGGGAGCACCGCCCAUGACGGUGAGGGAGAAGAACCGGCUGGACAAAUUCAAGCAGCUGCUGGCUAGUCCCAACACGGACCUGGAGGAACUCCGCAAGCACAGCUGGUCGGGCAUACCGAGAGAAGUGCGGCCCAUCACGUGGAGGCUUCUCUCUGGCUACCUGCCGGCCAACAAGGAGCGCAGGGAGCUGGUGCUAAGGCGGAAGCGAGAAGAAUACUUUGGCUUCAUAGAGCAGUAUUACCAUUCCAGGACCGACGAGCACUACAAAGACACAUACAGACAGAUCCACAUCGACAUUCCGAGGACAAACCCUCUGAUUCCCUUGUUCCAGCAGCCCGUAGUACAAGAGGUGUUUGAGCGCAUCCUCUUCAUCUGGGCCAUCCGUCACCCAGCCAGCGGGUACGUGCAGGGAAUCAACGAUCUGGUCACGCCCUUCUUCGUUGUCUUCCUCUCCGAGUUUGUCAAAGAUGUGGAGAACUUUGAGGUGGCAGCGCUGCCUCUGGACACGCAGAGGAACAUCGAAGCUGACAGCUUCUGGUGCAUGAGCAAGCUUCUGGAUGGAAUACAGGACAACUACACGUUUGCGCAGCCUGGAAUCCAGAACAAAGUGAAAGCUUUGGAGGAGCUGGUCAGCAGGAUAGAUGAGGACAUUCACAAUCAUUUUAAGCGCUAUGAGGUGGAGUACCUGCAGUUUGCUUUCCGCUGGAUGAACAAUCUGCUGAUGAGGGAGCUGCCGCUGCGCUGCACCAUCCGUCUCUGGGACACCUACCAGGCUGAAGCGGAGGGUUUCUCCCACUUCCAUCUGUACGUGUGUUCGGCGUUCCUCAUUGAGUGGCGCAAAGAAAUCCUGUCCAUGGUUGACUUUCAGGGCCUCCUCAUGCUACUGCAGAACCUUCCCACAAUCCACUGGGGCAACGAGGAAGUGGGUCUCCUCCUGGCUGAAGCGUAUAGACUGAAAUACAUGUUUGCAGAUGCGCCAAGCCACUACAAGAGAUAGGCUGGGGGGGCACAGCCCCCCCGAGACCAGACUGUGACUGCAGGGACCCCCGGUACUGGAGACACUCCAGACGUCCACGUGUCUUCUGUGAGGGGACCUGGAGGUGAACGUCCCAGUGGACGUGGGCUGCUCAGCGAACACACGAUCAUUGCGGACGGGUGCGCUGUGUCAACGGACUGUUACAGUGUGAUAAGUACAGUUAUCCCACGCUGGUUAACGUAUGCUGCUCAUGCAAUGUCUCCUGUGGUGUGAAGAGCAUUUUAGUGAAAGACUCCCUCCACGGAUUCGCUUUUCUUGUUUUCAACAUAUCGUUUGGUAUUUGCCUUAAAGGUACGAUACCUAAACCAGGCAAAUACUUUAUUUCUCUUUUAACACACUGUCACCCUUCUACACUGAGGUUGACCCCCCCUUGCGUUUUGGUUCAUGGUCACCUGAUGUGCACGGAACAAUCAAAAGGUCCUUAUUUGUCAGUUUAAUUACCAAUAUUCUCAAUUCGAUUAGGUAUUAAACCUAAGCGCAGCAAAUAUUCGGUAUGUUUGGUUUUACAAAUGGAGACACUGGGUACCGGUUGGCCUUGGUCAUCAUGAGUCAGCAUGUUGAAUCACGAUUAGCCCCCGUGUGUAGUGUCUAGUACAUCGCAUCGCCUCUGAAUAGACAGAGACACUCUGCUUACGUAGCUUUGAAAUUCCUUUCUCAAUUGUUUGUCAGAACUGACUGAUAAUUUUUAUUAUAUUACAAUGUGAGCUGUAGACUGUGGCGCACGCAGUAAGGGCAGCGUAAUGUAAAUGAUCCUCUAUGAAGUAUCUAAUUAGAUACAUGUGCUCACUGUAAACACAGCAGCGCACGGAGGAUAGCUGUUCGUAGAGGAGCAGAGGCCCCGUCGAUGCUCGUUCCGUACUGGAGGACCUUUGGACACCACAUCCUACCGGAGACGGUCCUGUGGACAAAGUGCAGCUCACAGUGUGUGACUGUGCCUUUGUGAUGAGCAUUUGUCACGUUCUCCUGUCUUCUAGAGUGUACAAUAAUAGGGAUAACUGCUUUGGUAUCUUUUAUGCUAGUGUUUUGUAUUUGUAUCUGUGACAUUGUGGGUUGGGGGCCGUGAAUAUGUGUGCUACUAUCUACCUUCAUUACCAGUGAUCUUCAUAACAAUAUGACAAUCAUCAUCAUCAUUUCCUCACAUUAGUUUAUAAUCUGGAUUUCCUAUGCACUAGAUUCCUGGAGAUUUUAUACAAACAUUCAAUAGCGAUUGUCAUGAAUCUUAAUCCAUAUUGAGGAAUUGCCUGUAUAUGGGUUUACCAGAUGGCUGAGGUUACUUCAUGGUAUCAUACGAGGUCAUCGUGGUACUUAGAUUGAGUCUGAGAAAGGGAUCGUUUAAUCGCUGGAAAACACUGUUUUAUGCUUAUUUAUGGUUUAUUCAUGGCCAGGUUUUGCUUUAAAGCCGCUCUAUUGUUGUUCAUGGACUUAGUUUUACCCUUUAAAAGGCGUUGGAUGUUUUCGUGGGUGAUGUUGAAUGUAUGCCUUUUGCCUUAAACUAGUUAUUUUUCCAUUCAGGGGCCACUGGUUGUUCACUGUUUUAUCUCCUCAUGACGUCUCACGAUGUGAUGUAACAAAUAAAACCUUUGUUUCAACAUGAAUACGCGCCUCGUACACGUAACCAGCGGGUAAACAAGUCGGCACUCGGAAGGCGUUUGCGAAUGGAGCACGUGACGCGACGGAAGUGACGUCAUCUCAGCGAAGUAACGUGAACGUGACAUAAACUUCGGUUUCACUUUUGCAGACAUGUCAGCGUGGUUUACGGCCACGAACCCCGGUGAUACCGCGACAAACCGCGUGGACCCACCCGGGGAACGAGACGCCCGUCGAGCGGGGGCGCGUUUAUGAGCUGCCGGUGUAGCCAGCAGCGAGCUAACGUUAGCCAGCAGCGAGCUAACGUUAGCCAGCAACAAGCUAACCUGUGGUCACGCAGCACAAGCGGCGGAGCAGCUCGGUGACGGACGAUGGAUGGCGUCAGCUGGAGCUCCACCGGGGCCCGCGAGUCGUUCAGCCGCUGCAAGGCGGCAGCAGACACCCUGUCGAGGCUCGCCAGCUUCAUUGCCCGGGCCGACCCCAGACCGCACGCACAGAACCAGAACCAGAGGCAGCAGCCGUCCCGCCUGGCCACAUGUGACUGUCAAGAAUGUGGAGUUCUCCCUGAAGUCGUCCUUGCAACUGCACAAGUGCCGACAGGACUCUUCCCAGUGUGACCGGUGUCCCGAAGAGUCCCAGCGGAGCCCUACGGGCCCCUCGUGCACAACCUCAGAGCCAUACGGGUGGUGCGCCCCGCGUGGGAGAGGCUUCAGCCAGAAGCCGGCUCUGCUGCACCAUCAGCAAGCUGGUUGUAGUGAACCGCCGUUACCAUCGGACGUAGUUAACGCAAAAAGCCUUCCAGAUGAUUGUCCACCUGUUCCCGAGGGAGACUCGGCCCGCUCGGGUUCCUCUGACUCUGCGGGGCCCGGCUGCACCGCUGUGUGCCGAUUGUGUUCGUCAACGUUCCGCUCGGAGUCCGGGCUGCAACGCCACAAUCGGACUGACCAUGCCCAGCAGGGGCUAAAGACCAAAGGGGAAAGUUCUGCCGGAGAAGAGCGGAGUACCAAGGUGAACGGAGCUCUGAUUAAAAUGCAAAAAUCCAAAACCAAGCUUCUGGACUGCCGCUCUUGUGACAUGGUUUUCAGGACCACUGCAAAGCUGUACAUGCACAGAAAAGAGAAGCACAGCCGAGAAAAGAACAUCGUAGAACCGAGGCCGGUCGUAAUCAAGCGCAGGAGAGUGGGCACAUAUCCGUGUCAGAUCUGCAGCAAGGUCUUCUUGCAUCAUUUGUCACUUCGGGCCCAUUACAGGCAGCACACAGCCUCCAGCUUCAAAAACGAAAGUCUGCCUCUAGGACGAACCAAAGACUCAAAGUUACCAGACAAUAGCAGCAUAGCAGUAGACAAGCCUGUGAAGGCUGGUCCAGGGAGGCCCAGGAAAGUGCCCAAAGUAGAGAACAAGGGUGCUGACCGAGGGCGAUGCAGAGAAGUGCCUGAGGAGGAGGAGGAGGAAGAGCGGGAGAGAGAGUUCCCUUGCCCCUCCUGUGCGGAGGUUUUCUCUACGCAGUCGCGGCUCCAGGAGCACGUGGAGCUCCACCAGUCCUCGGUGAAGCGGCGGCAGUGCAGCGUGUGCACCAGUGAGAUGGACACCUGCAAGUGGCCCGGCUCCAAGAGGCAGAGGCUGUACCACUGCGUGCCUUGCCAGCAGGGUUUCUCAGCGCUCGACUCCUUCCUAGAACACUGUCAGGAGCACCUGCGAGUCCGAGUGGAGGAGGACAGCAUCACAGAGGGCUACGCCCAUCGGACCAGAACCGCCUGAGAUCCAGUCUGAAUGUCAGCAAUUGCCUUUUUGCCUUGAGGGGUUCGAGAUAUUCCUGUUGGUUUGCCAGUUGGGUUCGUUGGGUCUUGCUGUCUGUUUAAUGUUGUCCAUACCAACAUAUCAGGGGGUGAAUAGAAUGACGUACUUGGCUGUUUGCGUGUUUUAUUUAGGCCUUUCACUGUGAAACACUCGAUACUGUCAUCAAUAUUCUAAAACAUAACGUGGUACUUUUUAGAACGUUCCAUUUGUUCCACUUCCCGGUCAGCCGCCUGAUUCUUGUGCAGUACGGUGUGUCGAUCAGUGGAGGCCUCUGUGGUGAGAUGAAACCAAGCAUUCCUUAAAGGACCACGUGUGUCGUUGGCGCCAGAGAUGCACGACACUUUUCAGAAUGAGACCUGCAAUAAGGUCACUAAAGCAACAGGUGCACGGUGUUGAUUGUUACACAUUAAACCUUUAGCAACCUUACAAGUAUUCCAAAUAACAUGCAACGCCCUGCUACCGGUCUUUAGUCGUUGUUUGUACUCAUCAGGACCUAGUUCCCCUCACAUUGCAGAGCUAGGAUGUCCGCGCGGUGCGUUUAGGGAACAGGGCCGUCGUGGGACGCUCCAGCCGCCGCGCCGCUUGUCAGGGUCUAUUUACACCAGAUAGCUGGUGUGCUUUUGCUGAGUAAGCUCACGUGUUUUUUGCUGUGGGGUCGUUUUUCGUGCACGUCUGGCAAUAAUCAGUCGGUGUGUCUUGCUGGAUCCUCGUUGCUGCGUCUUGUCAGUGACAAAGUGCUUUGAGCGGGUGUGCGUGCUGUCAAAGCUCCACAGGGGGUCGGCGUCCCGUCAGCUGAGUGCAGGUCUGAUGCUUUGGUGAAUGAGCAGCGAUCAACCUGAGGAGGUUGUUUUUCUUCAGGAUUUUCAGUCACUAUUUGCAAAGUUGUACUGUGAAGACGAUUUGAUAAGUUUGAUGCUUCCGAUUUCAUUUUUUGAGGACUUUGUUACUUUAGUUUAUGGCUCUUAUAGAUGAUGAAAAUAAAUAAAACAAUUCUCCU